CACGACGACAACCGACGACGACGCCAAUCUCUUGACCAUCCCUUCAGAGGUUCAAGCACAGUCAACAUGGCCAACAACAGACUGCAAUACCGCCGCCGGAACCCGUACAACACACGGUCCAACCGCGUCCGCAUCGUCAAGACCCCCGGCGGCGAGCUGCGAUACCAGCACCUCAAGAAGCAGGGUACCGCUCCCAAGUGCGGUGACUGUGGCAUCAAGCUCCCCGGUAUCCCCGCCCUCCGCCCCCGCGAAUACGCCCAAAUUUCGCGCCCCAAGAAGAACGUCAGCCGUGCCUACGGUGGUUCCCGCUGCGCCGGCUGUGUCAAGGACCGCAUUGUUCGUGCUUUCCUGAUCGAGGAGCAGAAGAUCGUCAAGAAGGUGCUCAAGGAGUCUCAGGAGAAGGCUGCUAAGCGCUAAGGGGUGCAUAUCCAAAGUCGGUGUCUUGUGUUUAGUGGAAAGCAAAUCAAUCAUGGAAAAAUAAAAUCUGGCGGUUAUGGUUCAGUCCGUUUGUG